UGCAUCUAGUGUCCGGCUCCUCUCUCUCUCUCUCUCUCUCUCGUAAAUAACCCCCAACCUCCCUUCCUCUUUUCUUCAUCAUCUUCCCCGAUAAGAAUCGAUUCAAUUCUCUCUCUCUCUCUCUCUACUCUUCAUUUCAAUUGAAUCCAUCCAAUUCAUCAAACAUCAACAUACAUACAUACAUACAUACAUGCCGACUUCUCUUCAAUUUAGAACCGCCCGUGGUGGUCCGAUGAUGAUCACUUGUCACAAACAACAACAACAAUCCACGGCGGCGGUCAUCACAUGGACAUCCUUAAUCGUCCCAGACGACGCCGUUCCAUAUCAUACACACACGGUUGGACCCAAUCAAUGUUUCUCUGUCCUAGUUCAAACCAUCGACGCCCCAAUCGACGCCGUCUGGUCAUUAGUCCGUCGAUUCGAUAACCCUCAAGCAUACAAACACUUCCUCAAGAGCUGCCAACUCAUCGACGGCCACGGCGACGUCGGCACACUCCGAGAGGUUCAUGUCGUGUCGGGACUUCCGGCCGCUUCCAGCACCGAGCGAUUGGAGAUCCUAGACGACGAGCGCCACGUCAUCAGCUUCUCCGUCGUCGGCGGCGUUCAUCGCCUGAAUAACUACCGAUCGGUGACGUCGCUGCAUAAAUGCCCGGACGGUACGAAAACGGUGGUGGUUGAAUCGUACGUGGUAGAUGUACCGCAAGGAAAUACCAAGGAAGAGACGAUUAUGUUCGCCGACACCAUAGUUCGAUGUAACCUGCAAUCCCUGGCUAGAAAUGCUGAAAACUCGGUCAGAAUGAAACAUUGAACUCGGUUUCCUGACUCGGUUGUUGAAUUUAAAAGUCAUAUUUCUUUUUUUCUUUUUUUUAUUUAGUAUUAUUAUUAAUGUAACUUCACAGACUUUUCAUUGCUGUUUUCACUGUCCUAGACAGACGGUGUUUCUUUCUCAUUUUGUGAAUUUUAAUGAAAACUUUCUC